CACAAUUGUAGAUAUUUUCAUAUUCCAAAUACCAAAUUUUUAAGAGAUGGAUGCAUUGUAAUAUUUUGAUUUAUUUAAUUCUGUAGUUUGUUCAGUUUGUGUUUAAUUUCAGAUUAGAAUUACAUUGAGUGUACAGAAGUAUUGCAGUUGUUUAGGUUUAGAUACAAACUUUUGUUUUUACAAAGCAGAUGUUCUGCACUUUAAUCUUAAAUACAGAUGAUUGCUUAGAUUCCUACUGUGAACAUGCUUAAGCAGGUUAGCUAUCUACAUUUGUUUGGCUUCAGGUUUAGAUAUUUCUGAAAACUACAGAACACACCAGGGUACCUUCAAGAAAAAGAUAAUUCAUGCCAUGUGCUUUUUUUGAAAUAAGUGCAUCUUCUCUGCAGUCUGGUUAUCCUUUCUCAAGUCUCUCUGCUUUUUCAUCUUCUAGUGACUUGCUACAUUUUGAGUUAAAUGGACUCUAUUAGCUAAACUAAGUUGAAGCAAAGGUUUUCCAUCAUACUACCAACUGGAAGUACUUAAAUUAAACUACCAAUGUUAAGUCAGUUGUGAAGACUGAAAACAGACUUAAAAUGUUCAUUACCAGUUGGACUUGGACUUUCUGAAACCAAAAUAACAUCUCAUGGCUUUGAUGGUGCCAAAGAGGGAGUUGUUGAGGCAGGACAGUUUCCAAGUAAAGGGAGCAGAGCUCAGCAGAAGAGUGGACCUGUUGUGUUAGCAGAUGAAGUAAAGAAUCCAGCGAUGGAGAAACUGGAAUUGGUGAGGAAGUGGAGCCUAAACACUUACAAGUGUACACGUCAGAUCAUCUCUGAAAAACUGGGUCGUGGCUCAAGAACAGUGGACCUGGAACUAGAAGCUCAGAUAGAUAUAUUGAGAGACAACAAAAAAAAAUACGAAAAUAUCUUGAGACUGGCACAGACACUGUCCACACAGCUCUUCCAGAUGGUGCAUACCCAAAGACAACUUGGAGAUGCUUUUGCUGACCUGAGUUUGAAAUCAUUGGAACUUCAUGAGGAGUUUGGCUACAAUGCAGAGACGCAAAAACUUCUAGCUAAAAAUGGAGAAACGCUUCUCGGGGCUAUUAACUUUUUUAUUGCCAGUGUGAAUACAUUGGUGAAUAAAACAAUUGAGGAUACAUUGUUGACUGUGAAACAGUACGAAAGUGCCAGGAUUGAAUAUGAUGCUUAUCGAACAGACCUGGAAGAGCUGAAUCUUGGCCCUCGUGAUGCAAACACUCUGCCAAAGAUUGAACAAUCACAGCAACUGUUUCAAGUGCAUAAAGAGAAAUACGACAAAAUGCGUAAUGACGUAUCUAUCAAAUUGAAAUUUUUGGAAGAAAAUAAGGUGAAGGUAUUGCACAAUCAGCUUGUUCUGUUCCACAAUGCCAUUGCGGCGUACUUUGCUGGCAAUCAAAAGCAGCUUGAACAGACACUUAAACAGUUCCACAUCAAAUUGAAAACUCCUGGAGCAGAUGCCCCAUCCUGGCUUGAAGAACAGUAACCAGAUCAUAGAAGAGGACCCAAUGUUAACCUAAAAUUCUUUAAAUCUGAGAAUAAUUAAGGGUUGGGGUUGAAGGACUGUUGUAGUCAUUCUUGAACGGACAGCUUUAAAUUUUUUCCCCUUUUAUAAUACUGUAAAACUGAAUUUGAUAGGAAAGUGGGCAACUUUAAAGUAACCAAACAUAAUUUCUGUAAUUUCAAAUAUAGAGCACUCCUUUUGUAUAUAAAGGUUGGUGGUUAUUUCUGUAAUUGGGAUGGGGGGGAAGAGGGAGGGGAAAGAAAACUAUUAUAGAUUUGCACUGACAAAUGAUGCUUGUGAUUUCUUGUAUUUUGGUGGCUAGUCAAAAUAUUUGCAAAUGGAGGUUUACAUGAUUUGUACCAACAUCUGGUGUUUUAUAGGUGAAUAUAGAAAACAUCUUUAGUAAUUUUCAUAUGACUUUUAAAAAAAAGGAAAAAGUUAAAAGACUAUUUUGCAGUUGAAUACUGUAAGGCCUAUAUGUGAUAUCUGCAUGUAAGGCAACAGUAGCAGAUGGCUCAUUGACAAGCGGAAUUAAAGCAAAUGCAUUUUUUAAAAAUAUACCUUUCCAUCAAAGGGUUAAAAAACCAGAAAAACACUAAAGUAAGAAUCACUGUCAGUCUGAGGCUUCUGAGCACACGUUUUUGCUUUGCACCAAGUGGUUUGCUGAGUGAGGCCAACCAUUAAAUGUACUAAUUUCAUUUAAAAUGUUUCUUUCUCUAUGAAACAAAUACCGUACUAGCCUUAAAUCACAGGUAUGUGCCUUUUUUUAAGAUAAUAUUUUCCACCACUGUACAUAAUCUAAGAACCCUUUCAUGUAAUAGUUUGUCAGUUCCCAACAAGGGGAAGAUGCCUGUGUAAAUGCUGUGUCAUUGUACACUUAGAGCAGGUUAAAGCUUUAGUUAAACUUUAUGGGCAGGUAUGAUUUUGUGAGGCAAUUGGGCCAGUAUGUUUUUUCUGUUUAAUUGAAAAGCAUACUUUGGUAAUGGGAGUAAAAUGGAGGACACAUUUUUAAUUUCUUCAUCAUUUCUGUAGUCCUUAAAUGUAAAAUUAUAUGUCAGUUUUAUCAUAGAUAUUUUAAAUUCAAUAUAUUGGAGUCCUCAUUUGCACAUGUUAUGUUGCUUUAUAUGUUAUGUUAAGUAAAAUUAAAUACUUCAAAUAUGUUAUUUACAAUUGUGUGGAUUGUAUGAUUUAUGUACUGUACGUUCAAACAUCUUUCAGCUGACAUUCUUAAAGUUUUCAGUGUUUAACACAACUGUAAUGUAACUGUAAAUCAAACUUUUUAAUCAUUCCUCAUUAAAUUCUUAGCCUGACAGAGCCUUCUUUGUUUUUGUUCUGUCAGAAUCUCUUGUAAUUGCUCAAUUACGUUCCCUAGAAUGUAUAUCCUAUGUGAAUUUUGUAUUCAUAUUAAACAAGUUUGCAGUCAAA